AUGGCCGAUCUCGAAGCUGUUCUCGCAGAUGUAAGCUACUUGAUGGCUAUGGAGAAAUCCAGAACUCAGCCAGCUGCACGAGCAUCCAAAAAAAUUGUUCUUCCGGAUCCGAGGCAUCUUGUUCGGAGUAUUAUGCAAAAAUAUUUGGAGAAAACAGGUGAAAUCAAAUUCGAACGAAUAUUCGGUCAACGUUUAGGCUUUUUAUUGUUAAAAGAUUUUGCGGACAAUAUUUGCGAAACAGCUUGUCCACAAAUCAAAUUUUAUGAAGCGAUUAAGGAAUAUGAGAAGAUGGGAACUGCCGAAGAGCGCUUAAUUAAAGCUCGUGAAAUCUACGAUCACAAUAUUAUGGUCGAAAUGCUUGCCCAUUCACAUGUAAAAAUGUUUUAA